AUGUCGCGAGCGCCAUCGUUAGUAACCAUUGCGGUGUUGCUGGUGCUAGUAGCGGGGGGCGGGAUUCCCGGCGGCGAGUGCAUGUUGCGAACCAUGCGGCUCGUCACCCUGCCGAAUAACGCGCUGGGCGCCAGAUGUCUCGACGGCAGGUACCACAUGGCACUCCCUGAUAGCGACCCUUCGUAUUACUUCCGCCCAGGCGCCUCCCCUACACCGCCCGUAAAGCGAACCUCCCCGCGCGCGGCCGCUUCUCCAGUAGCAGGAGGCCACGUGGCGAACAGCGGCCAGUCCGCCAAUCGGCGGUGGUUCGCCAGCAGAAGCAGCGGGAUUGCCGCGGGAAACCCGAACCAAUGGGGAUCGUCGGCGCCGGCGGCCGGCGCGGCGAAUCGCGCCACGUGGCAGCCAGCGCAAACGCCGGGAGGCGACCCGGCGAUUCGGAUUCACAUCCACCUGCCGGCGGGCGGGUGGUGCUUCAACGCGCAAGAGUGUCUCAAUCGCUCCUUGACCUUCCUGGGUUCCAGCGAGGGUUGGCCCACCAUCAUCCCGGACUCCGUCCCCAUGGGCGGGAUUUUGAACGACGAUCCGGACGUGAACCCGCUAUUCGCGGACUGGCCGCUCGCGCGCAUCAACUACUGCGACGGCGGGGGCUUCGCGGGGCAGCGCGGGCGCAUCAACGUCACCGUCCCGAGCGCGCCUGUUGGGGGGGCGCAGGGGGGCGGAAAGGCGGGGAGGCAGGGGAGGGUGCUGGCGGGAAUGAAGCCUGGACCAGGGGGAUCGGGGGGAGCCGCAGGGGGCGGGGGGGCGGUGGGGGGCGGGGGAAGCGGGGGAACGGGGGGAGCGGUUGGGGGAAAGCCGGGAGGUUUGGUGGGGGGGAAGCAGAAGAUUGUGCUGCUUUACAUGGAUGGGUGGGACAUCGUUCGCUCCAUCAUUGAUGACCUGAAGGCGAAGCGGGGCUUUGCGCUGCCCACGGAGGUACUGGUCUCUGGCAGCUCAGCAGGUGGCCAGGCGGUGAUAUACCUCUGCGACCGCGUCGCUGCCGCCUUCCCCUCCGCCUCCACCCGCUGCGUUGCAGACUCGGGCUAUUUUGUCAACUCCAUAGACCGCAACGGCACGCGCCUGUGGGAGCGGCUGGCUAAAAGCAUCUCGCUGACUCAGCAACUCAGCAACCCCGCCUGCCGUAAAAGAACUCAUGCGGAGUUAUCUAGGUCGGAGAGCAGCCCAGUAGCCCUGGGCAAUGGGAAAGCAGCGGGUAGCCCAGUGGCCGACAUUCAGAGACAGCUGGCAGACGGCGACGAUAGGCGGCGGCGUCCGGGGGGAAGGGGGGGAGGGGACGCGGGGCUGCGCGGGGGGAUGCGGGCGGCGGACCGGGAGUUCCGCGUGGUGCCGCUGACGGUGAAAGCGAUGGCGGUGGCGAGCGCGUACCGCGUGGGGGAGAGCAGCUUCGUGGUAAUGGGGGAGUACCUCACGCCCGUCUUGGCGCAUCACCUGAAGCGCGCGCUCGUCGACGAGUGCGCGUGGGAGGGGGAUACCGGCGACCGCGCGGUGACUGCGGCGGAGUUUCUCUGGCUGCGGAAAGAGGACUAUCACGGCACACCCUGGGCGCCGGUGAUGAUUCGCUGCACGUUCGCGCGGCCCGUGGGGGGUGACAAUAACGGAGGGUCGUUGCUGCUCCGGCGACGCGGCACAGAGGAACCGAGGGCGAUUGUAAAGAAGUUUCCGUUGGUGAUACAAGAGAUGAAAAUGGAGGUGCUUCGCGAGGAGCCGGGCGCCUUUGAGCUUAUAAAGAGACCGCCAAUAUACGAGUUGGCGCACUGUAGCGGCCCCCUUUAUGGUCAUCUGCGGCCCCGUGCCGUCUCCGAUUGGCUACACUACCACUCGCACGCCGUGGGCAUUCAACACUUUUUCCUCCACGAUUUCGGGGCUAAUAGCGGAGAUUACGCCACCGCGUCAGAAGACACCGCAGCAUCGUCAGCAGCGGCAGCAGGAGCAAGCGAAGUGAAGGGAGCGAGAGCAGCAGACACGAGAGAAGAAGAGCCGUCGUUGGCAGAGGCCGUAGCGCCGUUCGAGGCGCGAGGGCUGGUGACGGUGACGCGGCUGCUGGGGCACGAGCGGUUCCGGUCGCACUACUGGCACCAGAUCCUCACUCAGAACGACUGCCUCUACCGCGCCCGCUACACCGCCAGAUGGCUUAUCUUCACGGACAUGGACGAGUACAUCUUCACGCCCGCAUCGCUCUCCUCCGCGCUGGCAGCGCUGGCACGCUCCAGCCGCGCGUGGGCGUCUAUGGGCGCGUACUGGGGCUUCAUCACCCGCUGCCGGGAGAAGGGAGGAGAAGCUGCUGGUGGGAUAUUUACCCAUGAGGAGUCGACUGCCCAUCUGCAGCAGCCUCAACUACAGUGA